CGGAGUGAUGGAAGCUGCAUGAACAGAUGGGGAGUGAGGAAAGAGCCCAGGGGAAUUCUGAAGCAUGAAGAAAACGAAGAAGAAAUGACUACAGAGAGAGAAACGGUGUUGCCGAAACCAACAGGUACCGUGCUCCCAGGAGGUGGAGUCGUUCACCAGGAAAGUGGCAGGAGGACCCUGAUGAGAGCGGGUUUGCUGAGAUGGAAGCUGGUGGGAAGCAGCUGGUGGAGAAGGAGAAGAUGAAGACUCCAGCGAGGGAAGGUGUUCCCUGUUCCAGCUCCAGGAGAGAUGUUACCUUGGACGAUGAUGUUCGUGCUGCUGCUGCUGCUGCCCCUGAGUCAGGCUGCCCCCAGGGAUGGAACCGCGAGGCCGGUCCCUGAAGUGCAGCAGCAGCCCCUACCCAACCCCUUCCAGCCAGGCCAGGAGCAGCUCCGACUUCUGCGGAGCUACCUAAAGGGACUAGAGAGGAUGGAAGAGGAGCCGGAGCACAUGAGCCGGGAGCAGGUCCUGCUCUACCUCUUUGCCCUCCAUGACUAUGACCAGAGUGGACAGCUGGACGGCCUGGAGCUGAUGUCCAUGUUGACAGCAGCUCUGGCCCCCGGAGCCGCUGACUCUCCCACCACCAACCCAGUGGUCCUGGUCGUGGACGAGGUGCUGGAGACGCAGGACCUGAACGGGGACGGGCUCAUGACCCCGGCAGAGCUCGUCAACUUUCCCGGCGAGGCCCCGAGGCCCUCGGAGCACCCAGAGCCCCCGGAGCCACAAGAUCUGGGGAGGCAGCCCCCGUCAGCCGAGAGCCCACCAGGACAAGCAGCACAGGAAGCCCUGGGCCCCAGAGGAGAGGAGGGGCAGGUGGAGGCCGGAAAGGAGCCCUUGGAGCCUGGACAGGAGGCUGGGGAAACGGCCCCAGACCCCGGAGCGGAGGCCGGGGCCCAGGCCGAGGCCAGGGACGCUGGAAAGGAAGCGGAGGAGCAGCCAGGGGAAACACUGGAGUCUAAGAACCCCCCAAGUGAGUUUGAGGUUCAUGCUAUUCAACUGGAGAACGACGAGAUAUAAGCCUCGAGGAUGCAGGUGUGUGCGGGGAAGUCUCAGUGCCAACAUGUGCUCCGAAGGGCGGGGGGUGUGUAUUGGGACAAGGACCACCUCUGGCCCCUCCUGGUCCAGUAGGUGCGGCCCUUUCUGUGUGGCCCAUGGAGACCCUGUGCUGAGGGACAGCUUUAGGGCCUGGACAACCAAUAAAGACCUGAAUAAACUCA